CGGUCUGACCGGUUGCUCGUUGUAGCUGAUCUUCCUGUUGCUAUGUAGCGCAGCUAAAAUAAUCAUAACGUUCGAUGUGUUUAUUUAACAAAACAACACUUAACCUUUAUUAAUUCGGCAAAUUGUGAAGCUUUACAAUUCUCCCUGGAUUAUGGGGGACAAGGCAGGCACCCGGGUAUUCAAGAAGUCCAGUCCGAAUUGCAAGAUUACUGUAUACUUGGGGAAAAGGGAUUUUGUGGAUCACUUAGAUCAGGUGGAUCCUGUAGAUGGAGUAAUACUAGUAGACCCUGAAUAUCUUAAAGACCGAAAAGUGUUUGUAACGUUAACCUGUGCCUUCCGUUAUGGACGGGAGGAUCUGGACGUCCUUGGGCUUUCCUUUCGGAAAGAUCUUUACAUAUCCACUUUUCAGGCUUUCCCACCUAUUGCAGAAGAGCGCAAGCCCAACAGUCGACUUCAGGAGAGACUCCUGAAGAAGUUGGGCCAGCAGGCGCAUCCUUUUCACUUUACUAUCCCUCAAAACUUGCCAUGUUCAGUUACCCUGCAGCCUGGUCCUGAAGACACUGGGAAGGCCUGUGGGGUUGAUUAUGAGAUAAGAGCUUUCUGUGCCAGGUCUGUGGAGGAGAAGAUUCAUAAACGAAAUUCUGUCAGAUUAGUGAUUCGUAAAGUGCAGUAUGCUCCCGAGAAGCCCGGUCCUCAGCCGAUGGUGGAGACGACACGGAGCUUCCUGAUGUCUGACCGCUCUCUGCAUCUAGAGGCAUCUCUAGAUAAAGAGUUGUAUUAUCACGGGGAGCCGAUCAGCGUGAAUGUUCACGUCACCAACAACUCAACCAAGACUGUCAAACGAGUCAAAAUAUCAGUGCGGCAGUAUGCCGACAUCUGUCUGUUCAGCACGGCUCAGUACAAAUGUCCAGUGGCUCAGUUUGAGGCAGAUGACCAGGUGUCAUCAAGUUCCACAUUCUGUAAGGUCUACACUCUCACUCCCACACUGAAUAAUAACAGAGAGAAGCGAGGGCUGGCUCUGGAUGGCAAGCUCAAGCAUGAAGAUACCAACCUAGCUUCUAGCACCAUUGUUAAAGACGGAUGUAAUAAGGAGGUCCUUGGAGUUCUGGUGUCGUACCGAGUCAAGGUUAAGCUGGUCGUCUCCCGUGGAGGACUUUUAAGCAGCUUACUGGAGAGAGACGUCUCAGUCGAGCUCCCGUUUGUUUUAAUGCAUCCUAAACCAAUAGAUGUUCCCACAUCUCGACCAGCCUCAGCUGUGCCAGAGGCAGACCCUCCUAUCGAUACCAACCUCAUAGAGUUUGACACACGUAGCUUCACCCCGGAUGAUGACCUGGUGUUUGAAGAUUUUGCCCGUCUGCGGUUAAAAGGAACCACUGAUGAUAAGGAUGAGGACUGCUGAGCCUUCUUUCCUUUCUCUUGUUCUUUUUUUUUUUUUUUUUUUCCCUCUCAGCCCAGAAACUUGCAGCAUGAAGAUGAAGAAAAAAUCACCAUCUAAUUUACUCUCAAAGGACGGUCUUUCAUAACGGAUCUUCUUCCCAAAUCAUCUUAUCAUUCCUUUGAUGAAACAGUGUUUUGCCAACAUUUUCCAAACGCCAAAAGGAUCAUUUGAGGAAAGCUGCUGUAACAUAAAGAGCAUUGAACAAAGGAAAAAAAAAAUAAGAGAAUUAACCUCCUUCUCUUAUGAGUAAAUAAGGAGCGCAUGUGAUUGUUGUGCCAAGCAUCCAUGUAGGAAAUCUAGAUGCCACUCAAGCUACAUUGAUGUGCCAUCGAGUGCACAUAGGUCAGUUCAAGUUUAGGGAGAACAGCUCAUUCUCAUUAAAUUAGCUUGGUUACAGACGUCAUAAAUUUCUGUGUGUUGCGGGAAACACAGAUCUAACUGCGUUCCUAAUAAUAAUGAAAUGAUCCAGUAUUUUACUAGUGUUACUGCAUUUAAAUCUACUACACUGUUCCAAGAAUAAAAGCCUAAAUCUAAAAAUAAAAAUCCGAGUAGAUAUCUGUAGAUUUAAUUUAAGUUUAGAAACUAGGAAUACAAGACUAAGACGACUUACAAAUUAUAAGCUUCUGGUAGACUUGGUUUUACGAUCCACGUCUACUCUUCUACUGAUAGUGAUGUACUGUAACUCUGAGGAAUUAAGGCCGUUUGAUAACAGUGAACUUGUUUCUGGUGUAGGCUGCAGUCCAAAGUUCCUUCCUAAUAUUUUGACCAACAUUAUAAAAUGGAUCAUGCUCAGUAUAAAAUAGCGAUUGGGAAAAUCUACAAUGUAUUUGUUGAUUAUUUUCAUUACCAGACUGGAAAGUGGUGCAGCAGGGAGCACCGCUACCUCAUAACUCCAGGUCCAACCCUGAGCUUGUGUUGCUGUCUGUGCAGAGUUUUGCAUGUUCUGCACAUGUCUGCAUGAGAUUCCUCCCACCACCUAAAACAAAGGGGGGUUGAAUGUGUGUACAUGGUGCACUGUGGUAGACUAGUGUCCUAUACUGGGUGUGUUCUUAAAUUUGGCCCAACGCUCCUGCAACCCUGACAGCAUAAAUCUGUUACGGAUGAUGAAUUAAAAUUCAUUGUAAAUUGAACAAGUAACACAUUAAGCCAUGGACUGAUACAGUAUGAUGAACAGCUUAGUUAAAUAAAUACUUGCAUACUCAGAAAUCCCAACAACUGUUCUUAUAGUAAAUAACGUAACAAUCUGCACAUGUACUACCAGACAUCAUAAAUAAGAGUUCGAGAAGCUGUGACUUAUUGAACAGUUGUGAUCCUGUACAGUUCAUCAUAACAAAAAAGUCCCUCAUAAAAGCAUAUUGUCAGAUUUUAUAAAAGUAAAUCCCUGGUUUAUUGUUUUGAGAUGUCAGUGAAUGAGUGCUGACUAUAGACAGUCUUGUCUGCCAAAUGUGGCAUCUAGGUGGCCUACAUCAUGCCAACUAUGGUUAGAGGUUAAAUAGGCUACAAAAAAAAAUGCAUUUUUGGAAAAGAAAUCCAUAUUGUGUGAGCUUCUUUUUUGUUGUUCUGUGAUAUAUUGAAGUUUAUUUUGAAAUGCCUCUUUAGCUUAAUUUCCACAAGGUGUUUUGAUGUUAGUAACUCUGUUAAUAAUCUUAAUUAUUAUGAGUUAUAACACACGUGAUAAAGAAAUUACUGUAUCGGGCAUGCCAGGCGAAGCACUGUCACGCACACACCUCUUUGCCCUGCAUCAUGAUUUACAAAGAGUUUACAACCGUUACACAGUUAAACAUGAUUAAUACUAAUAGGCUGUCUUUUUGUGUUGUCCAUGGCAUACUGUGUCCAACCCUCAGGUACACUGGCUCAUUCCUUCAUUCAGAGAUAUGUGACAGAAUGGGUGCUGAUACGGAGCAUGCGUCAGUCCAGCUGUAACGGCCGACCGCGCGUCAGAAGGGUGUUUACAUUUACCACACAGCACCUUCAUGUGUAAAUAAACAUGCUACUUUUGGUGAAAAAAAAUUCAUCAUGUCUCAGACAGGGAAAAAAAAGUAUAAUUGUCUUCAUGUUAAUACAAGUUUAAUAACUGUGAUGUCAUUCUUUUCCAUUUUCUUUUUUAUUUCAGAAUUUAUUUAAUUUUUUUAAUAAAAUAUAAAAUGCCAAA